AUGGGAGCGUACAAAUAUAUGCAGGAGCUAUGGCGCAAGAAGCAGUCCGACGUGAUGCGCUUUCUCCUGCGCGUCCGUUGCUGGCAGUACCGUCAGCUCUCCGGUCUCCACCGUGCGCCUAGACCCACCAGACCCGACAAGGCCCGCAGACUGGGGUACAAGUGCAAACAAGGUGGGUGACGGUUCCAAUCAAAUCGAAGCAUGCAGAAUGAAGCUUCUUGUGUAACGUUAUAGACUCGUGUAACUUUGCAGUAAUGCUUAUCUGUUGCAUGCUUGUGCUUCAUAGUUGAUCAUUUCUCACGCAUGUCACCUUUGACCCUCAAGUUUGCCACAUGUCUGAGGGAGGGUGUAUGAUGUAUUGGUUUGAUAAGUUGAAGAUGUAACAUAAUAAUAAUAUGCCAUUUAGCAGACGCUUUUAUCCAAAGCGACUUACACUCAUGUGUGCAUACAUUUUUACGUAUGGGUGGUCCCGGGGAUCGAACCCACUACCCUGGCGUUACAAGCGCCAUGCUCUACCAAUUGAGCUACAGAGGACCACUAUAUAUAUUGUUUAUUUGUAGCCCUAUUGAAGUUGCCUGUUUGUGGUUUUGUAAAUACAUGCGAGUGACUUAUCUGUUUAGAAGUGUUGCUUCACAUGAAAGGUGGACCAAGUGGUUGUGCCAUUUGUUCUCUUUUAUUCCUUGACAUGUCGCUGAUGUCUUAUGACAGGCUGUCAUUUACUCUGUCCUUUAUUUGAAAUAUCAUUGAUCUCUUCCUGAUCUCUCUCCAUGUGACAGGCUAUGUCAUCUACCGUGUCCGCGUUCGCCGUGGAGGCCGCAAACGCCCCGUGCCCAAGGGUGCCACCUACGGCAAGCCCGUCCACCAUGGUGUCAACCAGAUCAAGUUUGCCCGCAGCCUCCAGUCCACUGCUGAGGUAAGAGUUUCUGUACAGGUGCAUCUCCCAGGUUGUGGUCUGAUUCUCAUCCCUUCUCCCCAAAUGUUGCAUUUGCUCACUUUUUUUAGGACUUGAAAAGCAUAGUAUUGGUGUAAGCUUGGGCUAGAGGUUUUUUAAUACAAAGACAAUCUUACAUCAGUCAGUAUUGAUUUAAAUCCAUGAGGGAUAGUGAUAGCACACUUCAGGGAGAAGUUACAAAGACCUGCACAAGGAUGUCACUGAGAUCUGACUUAACUUUCCAAAUCUACCCUUGCCUCUGCUUCUAGGCACUUGUGCAGAUAUGAAUGCAUUGGACAGGUACAAGUAAUUUCAUAUCUGCCCCAUUGCCCUCUGAUAGGCAUGAUGGCAUUUGCUAUUUUGCUUACGGUGGUGCUCUUUUCUGAAACAAGGCUCACAUUCCAAAUUGAACCCGUUUCAUCAACACCAAUAAUGCAUCCUCUCAAUGUGGUUAAUGAUGCUCAACUUUUUUCCCCAUCUUAUCGACUAUGGUGAAACCAGUCUGAAAUAAGCCAAUUUGUCUGAAACCACAUUAGAGAAAAUAAUGCAUUCUUUCCAAAAGUAUCUUUGUUGUAUUUAAAACGGUGUUGUAUUGAAAACUAAGUGAAUAGUAUUCUCUUCACAUUGGACUUGGUGAUUACUUUAAUGUUGAGGCAAAUCCAUAUGUUGUAUAGCUCCAUGUGUAUGUGUCAGUCUCAAAUGAAUGUGAAACAUGGGGCACUGGGAUUUCAUCAUUUUAGGUCUUUCCCAUACAUUUUAGAUUGUAUCAUAUAGCUAGAAUUGCGCAACAGAUGGUGUGGGUGAGAGGUAAAGGAAGAAAGGGAAUUGAAGGUGGCAUAACUGGGGUUAAUACCCCUGCCGCAGGGGGCCAUGCGUAGUCUGGGGUUGGCAGUGCCGUCACUAGACCAGACCCGGAACAUUGCAAAUCAGUGAUUAACAUUUAUACUGGAGUUUCUGGACGUGACUUGUCUGACCUGCUUGGUCUUUGGUCUCCCCAACAGGAGCGUGCUGGCCGUCACUGUGGAGGCCUGAGGGUGCUAGCGUCCUACUGGGUAGGAGAGGACUCCACAUACAAGUUCUUCGAGGUGAUCCUGAUCGACACCUUCCACAAGGCUAUCAGACGCAACCCCUGACACCCAAUGGAUCACCAGGCCCGUGCACAAGCACAGGGAGAUGCGUGGCCUGACGUCUGCGGGCAAGAAGAGCCGCGGCCUGGGCAAGGGCCACAAGUUCCACCUGACCAUGGGUGGUUCCCGCCGGGCAGCCUGGAAGAGACGCAAUACCCUGCAGCUGCACCGCUACCGCUAG